UCUUAAAGAUAUAAUUGUAUAAUUCUAUAACAUUAUCUUAUUUUGAAGAUAAAACAUUAUGCAAUGGUAAUAUCAAACAUAGAUGAUUGAAAACUUAUCCGAAAACGAAUAAAAUUUUGUCGAAUUUCUUCCUCACAAUAUAGCGGAGUAUUAAAGUUUGUCUCAAAAGUUAUAACAGAGCGCAUGUCAACGUAACUCUACCGUACGUAAUGAAUAAUAAAACACUAUCUCAAUUACGAGUUAUUUUACAAAUUAUCCUAAUUUGAUUAUAGUAUUCGUUUUUAAUGGCUUUUGGUUCGAACUUUGAAGCUCUAGGUACAGUUGAUUAUAAAAUUGCAUAAUUGUCUCUUUGUUGUAGCAAAUUAAUGUCCAGUCUUAGACAUUCAGGUACCUAGACUGGAAUAGGGAAGUGGAGAAAACAACCACCAUACCUUUAAUAUUUAUUCGCGACAUAUGUUUGUGUCAAUUGACUGAUAAUCUUGAAAAUUUGUAACCGUAUUAUUAUUCAUUGUAUUUCAACCCUGAACAAUAAAUAAUAAAAUAAAAAUGAACCUCAUUACAAACAGUUGGAAAGUUUUCACCUGGCUAGGACUUUUCAGACCGAUUAAAUGGACAGGAUUGAAAGCACGAAUUUACGAUUUUUUCACAGUGAUUGUUUUAUUUUGCAACUACACAUUUUUUGCAUGCGGCGUUAUGGACAUCGAUUUUACUAAUCUUGACUUUUAUGCCGACAUCGAGCUUAUCACAUUGAUGCUGCAAUUCGUCGAAAAUACACCAAAGAUUCUGUGUAUGCUACUGAAUCGUAAUGAUCUUAUAGAAAUAGAAUACAAACUUAAAAAUGAUCAUUUCGAGCUGAAAGAUGAUGAAGAAAAAGAAAUUCAAAAAAAAUUCGAUAAAUUUAGCAGGUCUGUUCUCCUUAGUUACGCGACAUUGCAAGUAUCAGCACUUAUAUAUUACACGAUAGGACGUAUCCUAGCCAUGGAAUCACCAAUUAUAUUACCUUAUAGGAGUAAUAUACCAUUCAAUUACUCCACAAGCAAUGAAAUAUAUAUGUUAACUUCCAUUGAUCAACUCUUCUCUGUAUCAAGUCUCAUUGCUAUAAAUGGCGCAUUUAAUUUAGUCUUUACUUCGACAAUGCAUCAAAUUUGUACUAAGGUUCGAAUACUUAAAUAUCGUUUCAACGUUAUCAUCGAGCAGUUGGAAGAUAAUCCUAAAAUAAAUUAUAGUGUCGAAUACGAUACGAAGAAAAAAAUUUUUAUGACUGAAAGGAAUCAAGAUGAACUUAUCGCUAACUGGGUAGAAUGUCAUAAUGAACUUUUAAGUUUGUAUGACUUCACAAAAUCCGUUUUUGCAAAAGCUGUUUUCAUUCAUUAUGUCAUAAAUUCGAUAGUAAUAUGUACGCUUGCGUAUAUACUGAGCCACUGCGAAAUAGAUAACAUUUUUUUCGGUAACGUGUCUUACUUUUGCGUUAAAUGCACACAACAAUUUUUGCAAUGUUCUUCUGCUCAUCAAAUUACUUUGGAGUUUGAAGAUCUCCGUGACAUGAUUUUUACUACCAAUUGGUUUGCUACGAAAAUAUCAAUACAAAAAUCGAUAAUUAUAAUAAUGUCAAAAUCAAUAAUACCAGUUGAAUUUAUCAGCGGAUAUUUCGUAACAUUAUCACUAGAUUCUUUCAAAAGAAUUCUAAAAUUGUCAUACACCAUUUAUAAUGUCCUUGAAGGAUAAUCUGUUCGUCAGAAAAAAAGGAAAUUUGGAUUCAUAAUUAGUGAAGCAUGAUGCUGUAGAUAUUCAUGUAAUUUCAUAGAAUUAGCAAAAUGUGUUAUUCAUAAUUCGUAGAGUAUGAUUAAAAUUUUCUAAAAAAUAAUUAAAUUCACAAUGUAGUUAAUCACUUCAAGUUUAUCAUUAAUUGUA